AUGGAGAGUUUUGUAAGAGAUGAGAUUGAGCCGGUAAGAGAAGUGUGGGAAAUAGAUUGUGGUCAAUUGGUAAUCAGAUAUGUCAUUGCUCGUGGUACAUAUGGGACAGUCUAUCGCGGCAUCUUCGAUAAUAAUCAAGACGUAGCAGUGAAGGUACUUGAUUGGAGUAGGUAUCAUGGUAUUCCGACACCUUCUCAAGUUGAAGCCAUUCGGGAUACAUUUAAGCAAGAGGCUGCUAUUUGGAAUAACCUCGACCAUCCAAACAUCGCAAAGUUUGUUGGAGCUUCAAUGGGCACAACAGACCUAAGCAUCCCGUCUUCUUCUAAUAGUACUCCUUCAAAUUCAAGUUCAACUUCAAAGACUUGUUGCGUUGUCGUGGAGUAUCUUCCAGGUGGAACGGUGAAGAACUACUUAAUAAAGAAUUCUCGCAAAAAACUUACCCUUAAGGUUGUCAUUAAACUUGCUUUAGACCUAUCUCGAGGUUUGAGCUAUCUUCACUCAAAGAAUAUAGUGCAUCGCGAUGUAAAAACAGAAAACAUGUUGUUGGACUCGCAAGGAAAUCUGAAAAUUGUGGAUUUCGGGGUGGCUAGAGUUGAAGCUUCAAACCAAAGUGAAAUGAGUGUCCACACUGGUACACUUGGAUAUAUGGCUCCUGAGGUGAUGGAAGGAACGCCUUAUGGUCAUAAGUGCGAUGUAUUUAGCUUUGGGAUUUGUCUUUGGGAAAUUUAUAGCUGCGACAUGCCGCCUUAUCCGAAUGAUAGCUUAACUGAAUUCUCUAAUGCAGUGGUUCGAAAGAAUCUAAGGCCACAUGUGCCUAGAUGUUGCCCGAAAUCAUUAAGGAGCAUAAUGAAGAAAUGUUGGGACAAAAUCCCAAACAAUCGGCCGGAGAUGGAGGAGGUUGUCCGAUUGUUGGAAGCAAUAGACACUACCAAGGGCGGUGGCAUGAUCCCCGAUGGCCAAUUUCGCGGCUGCUUUUGUUUCUUCAAUCCUCGUGGUCCAUGAGAUUUUUAUUUUUAUUUCCUCGCAAUUAAUCAUGAAAUAAAUAGUAUAUAAUGGCUAGU